CGUUCUUCUGGAGCGCACAAUCGAGCCCGAUAGGCUCGUGGAUCUGUGACAUCACUGCAUGAAACAGCCCACUGAAGGAGACCUAUACUUGCACUGAAGACUGGAGUUUAGAUGAUGCACAAACCAAGAAGUCACUUUCCCACGGUUCUCCAAACUGACUCGCGCACAAUCUGGGAAAAUAAUCAUUUUACAAUCUAAGAUAGCUGCUGAGUUGGACUCGAGUGUUUGGAGCUGUUUAUUUUUUCUCGCGCUUACAGAAACAUACUGGAUUUUAACUAUGACCAUCAUUAAGCCAUAUUGUGUGUCGCGUCUCUAUUUUUCGCUCGAAUCGGUGGUGCCAAUCUGAUCCAAAAUGAAGUUUGGGAAGAAUAUAUGCAUCCUAAACGUUGGUGGCACUAAGUAUGCUUUCACCAGAGAAGUUAUAAAGGAUUUUCCACUGCGAAGAGUGAGCAGACUCCACAGCUGUUCCUCAGAAAAAGAGGUCUUGGAGGUUUGUGAUGAUUAUGACCGAGAGAGGAACGAGUUUUUCUUCGACAGGCACUCCGAGGCGUUCGUCUUUAUUAUGCUUUACGUGCGAUCUGGAAAGCUUAGGUUCGUCCCGCAGAUGUGCGAGCUUUCCUUUUACAACGAGAUGAUCUACUGGGGCUUGGAGAGCUCGCAUUUGGAGUUUUGUUGCCAGCGGCGACUGGAGGAUAGGAUGUCCGACACUUACACGUACUUUUCGGAGGAGGACAUCAAGGCAGAGGUGGAGUCCAGAGGUGAGGAGGAUCAGGUCACCCGGUUCGCAUCUGAGGGAGGGAACGCGCGGUGGCUGGAGAGGAUGCGGAGGACUUUUGAGGAACCAGCUUCCUCUGUCGCUGCGCAGAUCCUGGCAUCCGUGUCAGUGGUUUUUGUCAUUAUGUCUAUGGUCAUCCUUUGCGCGAGCACUCUGCCGGACUGGGAUACAGCAAAAAACAACACGGUGGAAGAACACAGGAUCAUCGAGGCAGUAUGCAUUGGCUGGUUCACUGCCGAAUGCAUAGUGCGCUUCAUUGUCUCACGGGACAAAUGUGAGUUUGUGUGCUGCCCCCUUAACAUUAUUGACCUCCUGGCGAUCACGCCUUACUACGUGUCUGUCGCUGUGACAGCGCUGACAGGAGAAAACCCUCAACUACAGCGAGCAGGAGUCACCCUGCGCGUACUACGAAUGAUGCGCAUCUUUUGGCUUAUAAAGCUGGCGCGUCACUUCCUCGGGCUGCAGACGCUCGGGCUUACGCUACGCAGGUGUUACCGUGAAAUGGUCAUGCUGCUGGUGUUUGUCUUCGUCGCAAUGGCGAUAUUCAGCGCCCUGGCACAGCUGUUGGAGCACGGCCUUGACCUGGAGACUAGCAAUGAGGACUACGCCAGCAUUCCGGCAGCCUGCUGGUGGGUUAUUAUCUCCAUGACGACUGUCGGCUAUGGAGACAUGUACCCCAUCACCAUUCCUGGACGCGUGCUGGGUGGCGUGUGCGUCGUGAGUGGCAUUGUGCUUCUGGCUCUGCCCAUUACCUUUAUCUACCACAGCUUUGUGCAGUGCUACCACGAACUCAAAUUCCGCUCAGCACGGUGCGUGCGAAGUCUCUCUUCUGAGUUUCUCAAUUAACUGUAGCAUAGAUCGUCCUGAAAACUUGCUGGUCUUCAGCUUAGUAAAAUCACCUGCUCUUCUGUGCCUUUAUAUUAAACCAAGAUUCUGAAAUAUAGUUGAAGGAACACACUACGUCUGAUGUGGAAAACUCAGCAUUUAGGCUCUCUGUGUGGACCUAUUAUAUCCAAAUAAUAACACAGGUACCUCUGUACUCAAGGACACAUUAUGGGAUUCACUGAUUUUGUACAAUACAGGCAUCUGGAGCAAUUCCUGUCCAUCCUGGGGCUAAAAGAAUUGUACAAAAGAGGCAAAUCCCCAGCCCAAAGCUGGAAAGUGCACAAUAAAGCAUUACGAUCCAAAGGAAAUACAUUAGCCAAUGUUUAUGUUGCAACCCCCUUCUUGUGUGAACAAACAAAACCGAUCCAACAGCAUUUCCUGUGUAUGAAAUGGACAACCGUGGCAUUUGAUAACUACAGAUGGCCAGGCUGCCUGGAACGGGCAUCUGGCGGGACCUUGUGUCCUGACAGUGCUCCAGCCUAGAAGGAUCUUACACGAAUUCUCAUGUUUCCAUGGAGAGGUCCCCUUGACUUGCUAAAUCAUUAAUUCAGCUCCCAAUAAAGUGCAAAGCAAGGGAAACUAAAGUAAAAAGGUUUUAGAGUGGCCAAAUAGAAGCAUCUGAGCAUGAUAUGGAAGCAAAUACUGUGAAAAGGCCUGCUCACACCAAGGACGGUAACUAAUAUGAUAAUGAUAAAGAUAAGUCCCCCUGCAGUGAAUGAUUUAGCCCCUUUAUCCCUUAAAACUUUUUAUAAGAAAAAAGUGUCUUAAAAUGACUUAAUGUGUAACCCUUACCUCCUCUUGUAUACAUAAUAUGCAAAUUAGCCCCGCCUCCAUUCAGUCGCAUCAGCUCAUACUACCUGAAACACUUCCAAUCGGUUAACUGAAGUAGUAAACGCUGCAAAAUGACAAGUGGCAGCACUGGAUUAAUUUACCAAUAUAUGUUUUAAUCAUGAUGCAUUUUAUGUAUAUCGCUUUCUACAAUGUCGGAUACUCAACUGUAAUUGAUAUCAUUAGCGUUUAGUCUAAAUACAUUAUCAAUGUUACACAAACCAUGUUCCUGUUUCCUGUCUUAGACAGCUAAUAUUAUGAAAAGCCACUACUUGGGAUUGGCUAAAUGUUAGGGACAUUAGGAAAUGGGCUGUUUCAAACCGCAUUUUGCUCAGCAGUGGUGAUGACUGAUGAAUUUCAAUCAGUGGGUUGUCUUACCAGACAGACAUGUUAACAACAUUAAAACCUUGAUUUUCACCACUGGGGGGCUUUAAAAAGUCAUUCAAAUAAAAGAAUAGCAGAGUCCACACCACAACUAUACUGAUUAUGGCACAGAGGAACAAUAAUUGUUUUUUUCCAGCUGUUGAACAACUAAAAACAUUGACAGCCAAUCAGAAUUCAACUAAAGAGCUUAAGCAUUUAAAGUGGCAGAUGACAGAACUUCAGCGUGAGCUUAUAAUAAACCGAAUGUUAUCGUGCAAUGUGUAGAUUCUAAUAUAGUUAUGAUUAUUAUAGUUAUCUUUAUAGUUACAGUUCUUGGUUUGAACAGGCCUAAACACUUAUCAUUUUGACAUUACAGUCAUUGUCGAGUCUUGCUCAUAGAUUGGGAUAACUAAAUCACAAAAAACAAACAUCAGCUGUUCAUGCAGACAGCGACAAAUCUGCAACCUGUCCAUACACGACUGUGUGAAUAAAGAGGCGUUUACUAAAUUGAUUAGCAAACACAUCACCCCCACGCUCACCAGUAGGAGGGCUGUCACUCGCUUCCUUCUUCCUCUUUGAAUACAAGCACAAAAAUAUUUUUUCCCUAUUCAAGGGACUUUCAGAGUUUAUGUGUCUCUUGGAAUAAUUUUUUUUAUUUUGCAUUGUAUUUAGUAGGAUAUACAUAUAAUGAUUCACUGGGGGACACACAGUUCACCCAAAAUUGAAAAUUAGGUCAUAAAUUACUCACGCUUAAGGCAUCCUAGGUGUAUCUGACUUUCUUUUUUCAGACAAAUUCACUCAGAAUUAUAUAUUAAAAAAAUCUUUGAUCUUUCAAGUGGUUUAAUGACACUCAGUGGGUGUUGCAGUGCUUCAGUCCAAAAGAAGUGAAAUAAAAAGAGCCCAUCCAUUAAAAAAAGUGUUUCAUUUGACUCAGGAACAAAGGCCUCCUAUAGCAAAUCUGUGCAGUUUUGUAAGAAAAGUAACCAUAUUUAAAACAUAAUAAUAAAUUUAAUCUACCUUGCACUUACUGUUGUAAACAAAGCGGUUCCGGGGGAAUGACGUAUGAGGUUGGUUUUGCGUUUGCGCCACUCAGAAGUGACGAAUGUGGAAGCGGAGGGGAGAGAUCAAAACAAUGGUCACGAAUUAGAUGUAAAAAAUGAGGAUUUGUAAAGAAGAAUGUCUGGUUCUGGAGACUGGUUUUCCUUUGCUACAGUAAGUAAAGUUUGCUUUCUUUGCUCCUGUUAACAAACGUUGGUUUUCUCAAGAUUCAUCGGCGCAUGCGCGACGCUGACCUCAUACGUCAUUCCCCCGGAACUGCUUCUGUGUACAACUGUUGGUGCAAGCUUGAUUAAAGUGAUUAUUUCCUUUUGAAUAUUAAUAUUUUUCUUGCAAAAACACAUCAAUUUGCUACAGGAGGCCUUUGUUAACCCACCGCAGCCAUGUGAGACACUUUUUUUUAAAUGGAUGGGACAUUUUUAUUUCACUUCUUUUGGAUUGAAAAGAACUGCAACACCUGCUGAGUGCCAUGAAACGACUUGAAACAUCAAAUGAUUUUUUUUUCUAUAACUCCAACUGGAUUCGUCUGAAAGAAGAAAGUCAUAUACACCUAAGUCUCACAUAGCCAGACCUUCAGACUGACAGGUGAAGGUCUGGAAUCGAUGGCAGCAUUCUUUGGCCAAGUCACCCAUCCAAACUCCCCCUCCCCGUAACUUUCUGAUGUAUUUUAAAUAUUCCAUGCCGCAAAAAUACUUUUGAGAAUUCAGCGUUUAGUUUAUGCUGACAAGCGCUCGCCAUCACAGUUGUAAACACAACAACUUUCUUCUUUUGUGAGGGUUUUGAGCACGGCAUCUUUGUUUCUGGACAGAACAUUAAAGAACGCAAAACACACACAUCUCCAAUAAAUCCUGUAUAAUUCAACCAAUCCGAUGACGACUUUGAAACUCCUUCGAAGGCCUGUUUUCAAAAGUGUUUCCACUUUUGUGUGCCAUAAGCAUCCGACGUUUAGCCAACGGUCUGUGGCCGUGAUGUCUGAGGCUUAGACUAUAUAGACCUAGGAUGCCUUGAGGGCGAGUAAUGUCUAAAUUUCAAUUUGUGUGAACUAACCCUUUAAGACCACUUUGAAAACAUAUUGACUUGUCAUGUCAAUGUGGAGAACUUAUUUGAAUAAUUGCAGAAACACUGCUGUUUAAUGUCACACCUUGCAUCAGUAAGGAUAUAUACUAUGCCUUCAUAUCUGUAUCAUUUUGUAGCUAUGUAUUUGUGGCUAUUUUUGCAGGGUCAAAAUAAUGCAAAUUAAAUCUUAUGUAGCUCUAUUCUGUAACCGAAAAUGUAUUCUACUUGGUUAAGGCAAGGUUGUUUAUAUGUAUGAGGAUUAAAUAAACAUUUAUUGAUUCAA